GUCCUGCAAGUCAAUUAGUUAGCGUCUUUACCGCAAGGACGAAAGAAGUCCCAAACGAAACAUUCAAGGGACGUAAGUGGUUGUCCUCGUCGCGUUAGCAAUUAUCUUUCCCUGUAUUUAUUGUUCUCUUGUGUAAUUAAAAAAGAAAAAAAAAAUCACGGGUGAUAUUUGGAAGUCGCUCAGAACAAGAACAAAAAUUGUGCAGCGUCAUUGCAUUGAUUGUCGUAAAACAUGAACCACUUUCCGACCUAUUCUGAAGACAACAUAAACAUCCACCAGGACCUUGCUGCUUAAACAUUUUAGGGAGGACUUCUGGAUUAACGGAGUAGCGCUCCAGCGCCCUGAGCUGCAAAAGGUCUUGCAUUGCUCAGGAAAGAUUUCAAAUUCCCGCUAUCCUGGACCCAUAGGUCAAGGCAUUACAUGCACUAUUACUAGUUAGGCGGAACUCCUCUUUGGCAGAUGAUCAUGGCGUCUCAAUGCUGGAGAACUGCAAAGUCAUGCCAGUCUACCGAGACAUCUGCAUCGGGCUCAAAGAGAACCUGCCAGGCCUGGUUCCGCUGCGAAUCAGCCGGGGAUUACGUUAUCAGGUGGCGAUGCCAUUCCGCGGAGGAUGGUUCCAGCGCCCUCAACGAAACGAUCUCGUCCCUAGAGCUGUGCAGUGAAGGCCAACAGGUCAAGGACUGCCCACCCCCAGUCGUCUGCGCUAACGACCCGUACGAUGAAGACCUGCAUAUUACUAACGAUCUUUCUAAUGACCUAAUUUUGGCCAUUGCCUUGGCCUCGUUUGCUGUGCUGGCCAUCAUAUUGAUCAUGGCCUCUACCUACAAGUAUUGUGCCAUUAGAAAGAGACGACACAGGCGCCCUCUACACCCUCGUCAGCUGCUCAUUCGGGACUUUCCUUAUCCAGUUCGAUAUCACAAUAUGUGGGGAGCUAACUCACAUUUCUACGAUGUGCUGAACAAAAAGACAAGUUCUCCGGCUUACCCUUCCCCUUUUCAAGAUGUAUAUUUUUCAAGACCCUACGAAAAUUCCAGAAAGUUCGAGCAUCUAUUAUCCACGCCUGACGAUUCACUGGAAGACUUUCCCCUCUCCAAGUUUCGCCACGAUCCGACCCCACGCUCCGGAGGCAAGCACAAAACAGACCCUUCCGUUGUGACAGGGAGUUUCGUUUUCCAUCAGCCCGGGAGUGCUGGCGUUGUCAGCAGCCAUCCCGCGAAGGAAUGGUCAGACGGGAAGUCGUAUUCCACUAAGAAGGACAUCAAGGAAAACAGGGGCGAGGAGAGCUCAGAGUGCUAUCACAUCUACCGCGGGAACCUCAGCCGGUUUCAUCACCAAGACAGCGCUAACUUCCUCGUUCAGCAGAGGCACUACGGGAAGAAAGACCCACAGCAGCUUCCAGACAUCAGUGCAGAGUUUCUGCCCUUUCCGCGGUUGUCCUCUAUCUCCAUUCCCAGCUAUGGCUUGCACCAGGGAAAGUCUAGUCGCAAUAAGGACAAAGUCUCACGAGACCAGCAGAUGAGAGAGGAGAAGACUGAGAGAUUACCUAGCAACAGUUUCGACUCUGGUAGCAGCCGAGAUUCCUGUGGAUCUAUUUCGCCCUAUGCCACAGGACAUCUCGAUCACCACAGCCCUAAAUCCCAUGUCAGGGAUAACAGAAAGUCCCGGCGAGGCUCCCCACACAGCAACAGCCCAGACGUCAUCAGCGGCCAUAAUUUUACCAACGCCUUUGUCCGGGUCGGCCUGAAUGUCUACAAGGCCCUGCAGACCAGGGGUGACAGCGAGGGGAUCAUCUCCAGCAGGGACUUUCACGCCAGCGAGCCAAGUCACAAGAAGAGCAGCAAGAAGGGCCGCCACCACACCCACAACAAUGCAGAGCUCAGCUACGACAGCUUUAGGAAUGAGCAUUUGCGCGAGCUGGCCACGAAAGGGGCGGCGUCUAGCAGCACGCUAGAGGCGGGGUUUAGGCAUAAGACUCAUGAGAUUGACACGCCAACACAUUCACGAUACUGAUGUAGAUUUCGAUUUUAGCUUGAAUGAAACCGAUCUGGGUUGAAACGCGUUUCCCUCAUUUGCCAACAUCCAUGACACGUCAUAACAUAAAGAUUUAUAAGAUGGCCUUCAAUGUUUUGUUGUCGAAACGAAAAAAAAAAAGAUAUGUGAUGAGCCCCCCC